GCGCGCCGUGGGCGGGGCCUGUGGGGCGGAGCGACCACCAUCUUGGAACGGGAGGCGGAGCAGAGCCGACUGGGAGCGACCGAGCGGGCCGCCGCCGCCGCCAUGAACCCCGAAUAUGACUACCUGUUCAAGCUGCUUUUGAUUGGUGACUCGGGCGUGGGCAAGUCAUGCCUGCUUCUGCGGUUUGCUGAUGACACGUACACGGAGAGCUACAUCAGCACCAUCGGGGUAGACUUCAAGAUCCGAACCAUUGAGCUGGACGGCAAAACCAUCAAACUUCAGAUUUGGGACACAGCCGGGCAGGAGCGGUUCCGGACCAUCACUUCCAGCUACUACCGGGGCGCCCACGGCAUCAUCGUGGUGUACGACGUCACCGACCAGGAAUCCUACACCAACGUGAAGCAGUGGCUGCAGGAGAUCGACCGCUAUGCCAGCGAGAACGUCAACAAGCUCCUGGUGGGCAACAAGAGCGACCUUACCACCAAGAAAGUGGUGGACAACACCACCGCCAAGGAGUUUGCAGACUCCCUGGGCAUCCCCUUCCUAGAGACAAGUGCCAAGAACGCCACCAAUGUCGAGCAGGCGUUCAUGACCAUGGCUGCCGAGAUCAAAAAGCGGAUGGGGCCUGGGGCAGCCUCGGGGGGUGAGCGGCCCAACCUCAAGAUCGACAGCACCCCUGUGAAGCCGGCUGGUGGUGGCUGCUGCUAGGGAGGGGCACGUGGGGUGGGAUGGGGAGCACCUCCUCCAGAUGAUGCCCCAGAGGGGGCAGGAGGUCUUUUCCCUCUCCCUGUCCUGGGGCAUUUGAGUCUGUGGCUUUGGGGUGUUCUGGGCUCCCCAUCCCCCUCUGGCCCAUCUGCCUACAGCCCUGAGUCCCAGUUCCUGUCAGGGCCCCCAAAGGAGGACACCCAGGACCUGUGGCCAGGGUGGGGUGGGGGCUUGCUCUGCUGCUGCCUCUAGGUCACUUUAAAGAUACCCACCGCACCCCUCUUUUUGGGAUGAGGCCCCUCUGUCUGUCAUUGUCCCCACCCCCACCCCCCCAACCCCCAUGGCUGUUGCAGUGGGGUUGCUCUCCUCCCUCUUCCUCCUUCACCCCCUUUUCCCAAGGGCUAGGGCCUCCCUGGCCUCCACUGCCCCUGGCUGCAGUCAGUGCCCGGGGCCCACAGCAGGGCCAGUGCACCCAGGACCUGGGAUCCAGGGCCCUGGACCAGACCUCAGGACGGGCAUGGGGGCCACGGGGCCAACAGCCCACUUUUCCCCUCUUCCACCUCCUCUCCACCUCCCAGCACGUCCAGCUGCAGCAGGGCCUGAGCACAUUCGGGGCAGGUGGGCGGGCAGCCGGCAGGCCUUGUCUUGAGCCUGGGGGGAGCCUGCUCCUGCUGCCUCCUGCCCUGCCAGAGCCAGGCCCAUGUGCCUCCUGCCCACCAGGCCCCUUUGUCCCUGAGGCAGGCGGAGGUGGAAGGCCCACCGUGCCAGGGCCCGGGCAUCAGCCUUAACCCUUGCUCCGCCAGCACCUCCUUCCUUCCUUGAGGCAGCACAUCUGGCUUACUUGCCCCCCUUCCAUCCGUCCCUUGGAGCCUAAGAGGGCAGCGCCUCAUGCCCUGCCGCUGCUUCUCUGGGGAAUGUGGGUGUGACCCAGGGUUGGGGGCUCCUCUGGCCGCCCCCUCCCCAUCCAGGAUCCUACCCCUCUGCCCUCUGGCACAGCUUCUUCCUGCAGAAAAGCAAACCUCUGUUCUCUACCUAAGAAGCCAUGUCCCUCGUGCUGUCUCUUGCCUUUCCCACCUGUGCCCUGUCCUCCAGCUUGUAUUUAAGUCCCUGGGCUGCCCUUGGGGUGCCUCCAUUCCCCAGUUCCCCUCUGGUGUCAUGUCAGGCAUUUUGCAAGGAAAAGCCACUUGGGGAAAGACUGAAAAGGACAAAAAAAUCAAUAAAUUUCCACUGGCCCUUGGGUGAGCCAAGGGUUUUUGCAAGGAA